CGCUGGAUGUCGACGAGCAUCUGCUGUUUGAGUGUGCGGAGCCAUGAGGGAGUUUCUGCUCUUCCUCCUGGCUGUGUCAGCUGCAUCUUCCAGGUCUCACGUCAACUGGUGCGAGCUGGGUUGCGACUGUCAUGGGGAUCUGAGGUUUGCAAUCUGUUCGCGAGCUUUCUUCACCCAGCUGCCUGCCAGAAUCCCGUCCACCACAGAGUUUCUGGACCUGUCCGUCAACCGGAUUGCCAUCAUCCCCGAGCAGUCUUUUAACAAGAACCGCAAGCUGCGUGUGCUCUUUUUGCAGAACAACAACAUAAGUGUGGUGGAGGAUGGUGCCUUCUUGCACCUGGAGUUCCUGCAGAAGCUGGACUUAAGCAGGAACCAGAUCUCCGCCCUAGGAAAAGGCUUUUCAGUUGGUUUGACCUUCCUACGAGAACUGCAGUUGGCCCACAACUCACUGAGCACCCUGGACAGCACCAGCUUCAUGCACCUGGACAGUCUCCAGAGGUUGAACCUAAGCGGCAACAACAUCCGCACCAUACAGCUCAGAUCAUUUGCCUCCAUGAGCAGCUUGCGCCAUCUGCACCUGGAGGGCAACCGAUUGACGUCUCUGAACAGUGGGAUCUUCUCCAUGCUGCGCUCCCUGGAGGUCCUCAACUUGGCCGGAAACCACAUCAACGAGACACAGGUGGGCGUCUUCAAACCCCUCACCAGCAUGACCCUCCUCAACCUGGCCCACAACCGGCUGACCGGCAUAUACUUCAAGACCUUCCUGAGCAUCCACACCUACAGCACCCAUAUCCUGCUGGAGGGAAAUCCCUGGAAUUGUGACUGUGACCUGCAGAGAGUUUUCCGCAAGUUGCGGAGCAUCCAGAGACUCUUCCUGGAUGAUUACUCCAACUUGACGUGCGGGAACCCCGCAAUUCUACGCAACUACCGGUUGACCCAGGUGGACACAGAACUGUGCAUCGCCGAGACUGUCACCGUACUCAUCAUCACCGUUACUGUUGUUAUCACGGUGCUGGCUGCCAUGCUUAUGGGAGAGAGGAAGAGAAAAAAGAAGAAGAAAAGGAAGCACUGGACACAGCAGGGAGAACUCUCAGAUGAGUCAGAUUACUGACUUUUUCAUUUGUAGUAUUUUUAAAUUUUCCUUUAAAGUGAUACCUUGACUUACGAGUCCCCCCCGAGUUACAGUUUUAUUUUUUAGUUACGUAUAAGUUGUCAGUUAUUUAUUAUUCUUUUUCCUUUGUGUUCCGAGGCAAUAAUUGAGAUAAGCGCGAGUGAGCUUCAGCUACGUUGUUGCUCCAAUGAAGUGAAAAAAGUUCAGCGCCCGAGUGAUGCUAGCAACGGUGGUGGUGGAUUCUGUAUCUACGAUUGUAGCCCACAGCAUUAAAUGUAGUGACCGUGUGCUAUUUGCAGUAAUGUUGGCAGCUCAGGUGUGAGCCAGCGUUAGAAGGGUGAAAUCGUUAAACAGAUGGAUAGGGAGGGUCCACCAGGAACUUGUCUUUUGGUCUAAGGCCACCCUGGAUGGUUGUUUUUGCCAGGUUUGUGCUGGAGGAUCUAGCUGCCAACAGCAAUUCAUAAAAAUGUAAAGUACUAAUCCAAGGAUCUUGACUGAUGCGGUGAGUCAACUGGAAACUGUUAGUAACCACUUACGUAAUUAUUGGGAACAAGGAAAAGAGUUGACAGCAUCAAUAAGCAUGAAUAGUCUAACAUACUCUCAUUUAGCUCUUUCUUGCACAUAGGCCGUCUUAUAUCGAUAGCAUGUAGUCUAUCACCUUGAAUGAAAAUUUAAAUAUUGUCAACAAUUGUCAAUACGAUGCUAGUCAUUUGUGGAAGUGCUACGUCGGCACAGGUAGUAAGAUCAGUUGUUGACGGCGGAAAUGCUUCAUUGAGCUAUCAAAGAGUAAAGAUUUUGCUUACCGCAUCCGAGAUCCAGAAUUGAAGGAGAAUGGAACAAUAAUCAUUGUAUCAUCAUCACUCAUCAUAUUGGAAUGCAUUGGACAAAUUACAA